AAAGUGGUGUGAAAUGUGGCAAAGUAUAUUUAAGAUAAAUGUUUUGAGAAAAUAAGACCUUGCAUGGAUUGUCUAUAUUCUUACUUACCUUUGUACAGUUAAUACUUAAAGACUCCUCACAGAUUGUUGGAUUAGUAAAAUAUAAAACAAGUAUUUGGAGGCUUUGUCGAAUCAUAGACAUUUUGAGACUUAUGUUACUGACAGGAAUGACAAAAAAUUGACACACAAUUUUCUGUCUAGCUAAAUAUCUUACUAUUCUGGGCAGAAAUUUGUAAUCUAAUUGUAGCCAAGAACCUUUAUUGUUUUUAGCUUGGAAGCAUUAAUUAAAGAGGCCUGACUGCUGCUCUUGAGUUACAUUUGAUGUGUUUUCUUUCUAGUUUCUGGAUAUCACAGCUCCUCUAGUACAGAAAUAAGGCAAAUUGACAAUAAUCCAAAGUUUGAGUUUUUACUUUGUUUUUGACUAAAAUUAUUACGUGGUUGUCAAUCAAGCAAAUUAAGUUAACUCGCCAAAAAUUGUGCUUUUAUUUAUUGAUUUAUUAUUAAUUGGUUUAAAAUUUUGAAAACAAUACAUUAACAGUAUUAGUUACUAACAUUCAGUACUGUAAUGUAUUUAAACAUUCAAUAAUGUUCAGUUUAUAUUUUCUUACACAUUUAUAGCUUGUGGUGAGCUGAAUACUCAGGAUAGACAAAAGAAGAUUGGGAGCGAUAUAAAAAAAUAAAAUAAAAUUAGAUGAUUACCAAUUCAUCGAUUGAUGGUACAAACAACAUUAUGAAUGUGAUCCUUUUUUGCGCUUUGUCUAAUGUUGCUAUUAGCUCUAUGAUUGUUCAUUAUUGUUAUUCAAAAAAUGUUUUUUUUUCCCCCCCAUUCAGUACACAGGUUAUACGCUCUCUUUCAAAGAUGGUUCGGACGAAUUACGGACCAUCACGCAUUAAGCCCAGACCCUAUGACGAUUCUCACCGACAUAAUGAAGGGAGUUACACCCCAAACUCUAAAAGUCGAAGAGAUGACCAGGAAUACUCUAACAAAGUAUCUCCUAGCUGGAGAGAAUCCAGAGGUAGAGGACGAGGGCGGCCAGCACCGGCUGGCAGAAGAACGCCUGACAUGGCGUCUCAUCGGGAGCCACGGUUUAAUCACUGGAGGUCACACAGUCAGGAUUCCUUCCAAUCCCACUCUUCAAAAAUGGACCAACAUCACAGCCAGCGCAGGCAAUCUCCAUUGCGUCUCAGCCGUACCCCUCAUCACCGCUCACCCCCUCACAGUCCUGCACACAUACACCAGAGUCAAAGGGGUCCACCUUUUCAUGGCCACUCCUCAGGUCCCAGGUCAUCUUCUCCCAGACAUUUUCGUAGCCACCCAGCUGACAGGAGACCAGGCGCUGCGCCUGCUUACCGGGGAUCUUUUAGGGGUCCCAGAAGGCAGUCAGGUUUUCCUCCUCCAGAUCACCGCAGUCGAGACCCUCAUCCAAGAGAAAGAGGUUAUGAACAGUCAGGUCAUGGCAUGAAGCGCUGGAAUGAACCUGCAUCGUUCUCUCAUCCCCACAAUGGAGAGCAUCGUCCCUCUGGGCCACACAGGAGCCUCAGAGAUGUGCCAGGAAGAGGCCCAUGUACAGAGAGGUGGUCAUCCGAACAAGAUUCCAGGAGACAGCGUGGUCCUGUGGAGAGGCAAGGCAGCAGAUCCCACAGUCGAGAGAGGGCACAAAAUGCCCCUCGCCCACCCCCUUACAGAGCUCCCUCAUGGAAAGGAGGCCCUCCACCACCAUCCUCAUCACCCCACUACAAGAGCCUUCCAGAGAGGAACGAUUUAGGACCCCGCAAGAGGAGAAUAUCAAAUAUUGGCGUGCCCUCUUCAGGCCCCGAGCCUUAUUAUGGGAAGUAUCCCAGGAGAGAGAGACCUCAGCUGAUGAGUAUCCCCAGGCUGUUUGGUAGGCCCCCAUUUUCUUUUAGGGGUAGAGGCUACCACACCAGGGGCCGACCAUUUAGAGCAACAUCUCUCAUGAGGCUGAGAAUUCCUCCAACUAUGAGACCAAGGCCUCGUUUUGGUGAAAUUGCCACACGGGGACAUGCCAGCUCCAUUCUUGCCAUCAGGAAGAGACGUUUCCAGAUGAAGGUGGAUUCUCCGCCCAAAGAGGAACAACGAAAGCCAAGACCUGAACAAUCGCCAACCAGAGAGGACGACAGUGCCAGCAAAUCUUCAAGAGACUCUGACACAGACAAAGAACAGGUGGAGUCUCGUCGGUCGUUGAGCAAACACAGAUCUUCUCCCAUAGAGAAACGUGAUCUCGUCGUUUUGUCUCACUGGCCUCCGGGACCAAGUUCGUCCAAAGACGGCUCACCUCCAAAAGCUUCCAGUCCGAAGUCCAAAACCGACCGCAGUUCAGAUGGGGAAAGCACAUCGCAUAGACGCCUCUCAAUUGAAUCCAGAUCAUCUGAAGAAAGAAAACGUGACUACUUGGACAAAAGAGUGUUUAGACCUGUUAAUGAGAUGCAUGACGGCAGCAGACCUCCACGGCUGCCUUUCAGGAGACCAGGACCAAUGCAACGGCCAAGGUUUCCUGGUUCGAGGAGCACAGGCCCAGACCUGUCAGAAAAUGUCAGAAGACCUCUGAUGGAGACCAUAGUUCCUCGCCCGUUUCCAUAUCAGCGACCAGUGUUCAGAAAAAGCUACAGCAUCGUGUCUAAAUACCGAAACAUGAGGGUGAUGCGCCAGCGAGCUCCGUACAACAGAGGACCCAUCCAACGCUAGUGAUAAACUCUGAGGUGUAAAAUUGUGAAUGUAAAAGCUGGGAAACACUAAAACCUGCCAAGAUGGAUUUCCCAAACCUGAGCAGCUUGUAUGUUGUCAAGGUGUUCCCCCUACGAUGUGGUCCUUGGUGUUUCAGUUGCUUUAUUUAACCUUUAGUGUAUCUAUUUUUAGAAAGUUUCUAAUUGUAAGAGCAUCUUAUUUUUGGACACUGGUUUGGGAGAAGUUGCUUUAAAAGUUGUCAGUGCUGGUUUUACUUAAGAUAUGCUAGUGUUUUCUUUUGUUUACAAGAAGCAAUCAGACAUUUUCUUUAAUACGUGUCUUUAUAGGCUUGUACCGUACUGUCAGCGGGCUACUUAUGAUUAAAAAAAUCUGAAAUAUAACUCAAAUCUUUUUUUUUUUUUUUUUUUUUAAGACUUAACAUUUGUUUUAUAUGAACUGUAGAGAUCACUAUUGCUUUGUUUAA